AGUCGCACCUCCCCCCAGCCAUCUCUGCAAAGAUGAACACUUACUUCGACCAGUUCGCAUACGCCGUCGCAAAGAAGCACGAUGGAGGCAUCGGCAUCCCCGAGCCCAUCGACCCUGACCUGCACCACCCAGAGUCCAUCACCAAGGCCGGUGAGACGUACCUAUGGGUCGUGUUCGGUAUCAUGACUGCCGGCUUCCUCGGCUUCACUGCCCUGUCCCAGAAGGUCUCCUACCGAUACCGAACCCUCUACGUCACCACCCUCCUUAUCAAUGCCAUUGCCGCCGUCUCCUACUUUGUCAUGGCCAGUGGCCUUGGAAAGACCAUCGUCAAUGCUGACCCACACAGCUGGAGCUCCGUCCGUGAGGUAUACUACGCCCGGUACCUCGACUGGCUCUUCACAACUCCUCUGCUGCUCCUCGACAUCACUCUCCUCGCUGGCCUGCCAGUAGGAGAGAUCAUCAUCGUCGUCAUUGCUGACAUCAUGAUGGUCGUCACCGGUCUCAUUGCUGGUCUGCACCCAUCCCUCAAGUACAGGUGGGGCUUCUACGGCAUCUCUUGCCUCGCCAUGCUCUUCGUCUUCUACGUACUCGUCACGUCGGCUCGCUCCUACGCGUUCCUUCGAUCCCCCAAGGUUGGAAACCUCUUCAACCAGGUAUCUCUUGCUCUCCUCGUCGUGUGGUCCCUCUACCCCGUCGUAUGGGCCUUCAGCGAGGGAACUGGCAAGUUCACUGCCGACCAGGAGGUCUUGGCCUUUGCCAUCCUCGACGUCAUUGCCAAGCCCAUCUGGGGAGCUUGGGUCAUCUUCGGCACCCCCGAGGAGGGACACGUCAUCCUCCCCGAGUCUCUGGCCACCCCCGUUGGAAGCAACUACGGCUCUCUGUCCCAGGAGGCCCGAUCUGAGGACGCUUGAAGCGCUCGCCCCUCAACGAUCAUCCCUCACCAGCAGAGCUGACAGGACUGCAUCGAGACCUCACGGCACUCUCUCCCUGCGAGAACUUGGGAGCUGUAGGCCGUGGCCGUAGCAAGUCAACGAAGCUCUCCCUUUCUCUCCCUCUCUAUCCCCUCUUAUCUCUCACCUCCAACCCUCCCCAGCUUCUCCUCCAUCUGCUCUCUUCUUGCCUCUUCUUCCCUGCCCCGCCCUUGUGGCAUCUCUUUCCUCCACAUCAAUCCCCAGUCCUCGCACGGCCUCCCGCGUUGUUGCAACCUUGGAAGCGCAAGCGAGAGAAAGAAGAAACAGGA